AAAUUUAUUGGAUUUAAAAAUGUUUGAUUUUAAUUUACAAUUUGCACGUAAUGGAGCAAGCUUCACCAGCGAACUGUUCCACCUGUUGUCCGUCGAUGGUGUUAAAAGUAACAUAAUAUUUUCACCGCUAUCUGUCCAAACAUGCGUUGCUUUAGCUUUUGCUGGUGCCCAGGGUGAAACGGCAGAUGAAAUUGCAAAUGGUUUGAAACUCGUGUCCAAUUUUCCACCAGAGGUGGCGGAGACAUUUCAAUUUGUUUUAGAAAAGUACAGGAAUAGCGAUCUUGUAAAAAUUGCAAAUAAACUUUACCUCAGAGACGGCGCGGAAUUGAAGGCAGAGUAUCAAACAGCUGUCAAAGAACAUUACCUUGCUGAAGCUGAAAAUUUGAAUUUUGCAGAAAGCAAUCUAGCUGCUGAAACCAUAAAUUCUUGGGUGAGCGAAAAAACUGAAGGAAAAAUAACGGAUUUAAUCGAACCAAGCUCAUUAGAUGAUAAUACGCGUUUAUUGCUAUUAAAUGCAAUUCACUUUAAGGGAAGUUGGGAAAAUAAAUUUGAUGAGCAGUUAACUGAAGAAGAUGAUUUUUGGACGAGUGAAGAGGAGUCUGUUAAAGUACAGUAUAUGAAGAAAAAGGCCAAAUUCGGUUACGGGUAUUUAGAGGAUUUAGAUUGCACUGCUCUUGAAAUGCCUUAUAAGGAUUCCGAUUUAUCAAUGCUUGUGUUGCUACCUAACGAACGAGAGGGUCUUAAAUCGCUUGCAGAAAAACUAAAAGGAUUUAAUUUAAUCGAUUUAGCUGACAAAAUUAAUACUGAAGAAGUACAAGUAAGCUUUCCCAAAUUUAAGGUGGACUAUUCUGUAGAAUUAACUGAUGCGCUUAAAAAGUUUGGUAUUACUAAAAUGUUCACAGACGAUGCUGAGUUCAGCAAUAUGCUCGAAUCGCCAGAAAAUAUAUUUGUUUCAAAAGUGGUGCAUAAGGCCUUCAUCGAAGUAAACGAGGAAGGAACAGAAGCGGCGGCUGCUACUGGUAUGAUUAUGAUGACUCGAUGUAUGUUGUUACCACUACAAUUUUAUGCUGAUCGUCCUUUUCUAUAUAUGAUAUGGAACAAGAAAAAUGUACUAUUUGCUGGUGCUUUUGUUACAGCUCCUACAGCAUAAAGAAUUUCUGGAAUAUAAGUUUGUGAACAUAGGUGAUUUGCGAUGCGAUAUUUUGCAAUAGUGAUACUUUAAACUAUAGUGUUAUGAUGUGUUAAGUUUAAAACUGUGCGUCAUCAGUAUAGAUUCAACAGAAUUAUUUAUUUCGUAAUAAAUUUAGUAUUAUUUAAAAGUAUCAAAAUGGAAAAGCUGAGAGAAAUAGUGAUAUUACUUUAAUUGAUAUUACUAUAUUUAUUUCUAAACCUUCAUUAAUAUGAAAUUAAUGAAACGUAUAUAAAAUUGCAACGUACAGCAUUUGUGUUCGCAUCUUCUAAAAUUUACAUAUUUAU